AUGUCGGUAUUGCUUUACCUCGCAGCAGGAGCAGUUUCCUUUUACGUGAUCGUGUACUACGGUGUGUUCAAAGGAGCGGGUUGCUCAAGUUCAGUGAAGCUGAAGGGGAAGACGGCCAUUGUUACAGGAGGCAACACUGGCAUUGGAAAGGCCACGGCUCUGGACCUGGCAAAGAGAGGAGCCAGGGUGAUCCUGGCCUGCCGCAACCGGGAGAAAGCUGAGGCUGCUGCUUUUGACAUUCGCAGAGAGAGUGCGAACAGUCAGGUGGUGUUUAUGCAGUUGGAUCUGAUGAGUCUAAAGUCUGUGCGCAGUUUUGCUGAAACCCUCCUGAAGACUGAACCCAGACUGGACAUCCUCAUCAACAACGCAGGUGUGAUGGGUCCGGGACGUACUGAGGAUGGCUUCGGCAUAGCGUUUGGGGUGAACCACCUGGGUCACUUCCUGCUCACCAACCUUCUCCUGGAGCGACUGCAGCAGUGUGGUCCCAGCCGAGUGGUCACCGUGGCGGCACGUCUGCACUGCUUUGGAAACAUCGACUUCCCUCUGCUGGCUUCCAAAAAAGAUUCAGUGUCUGACAGUGUCAGUCCGUCUGCCUGGCAAAACUUUCGAGCCUACUGCAGCAGCAAGCUGUGCAACGUGCUCUUCACCAGGGAGCUGGCCAACAGGCUGGAGGGCACUAAUGUCACCUGCUACUGUCUGCACCCAGGAGUCAUCUACACAGAACUAUUUCGCAGUAUGAGCCGGUGGCAGCAGAUCCUCAUGAUGCCCUUUGCAAAGCUCUUCUUCAUGGACCCGGAGGGGGGCUCCCAGACUACCCUGUACUGCGCCCUGCAGGAGGGCAUUGAGCCUCUCAGCGGGCGCUACUUCUCGAACUGUGCUCUGCAACAAGUGGGAGCCAAGGGACGAGAUGAUGCCCUGGCAAAGAAGCUGUGGGAGGUGAGUGAGAGGUUAACUAGUUUAUCAUAACGCACUGAAACAUAAUCCAGAAGCUCCAAAGACUGUAUUAACACUCUGUGCUAUAUAUACACCAACAGACGUCCAUUGCUGAUGUCUUAUUGUUAGUCUCUGUUUCUUGAAGGGCUGUUUGCUUAUGGUCAUAUACAUGUGUAAUGUAAUGGAUCUAUCGAGAAGCUACUGGGCAGUGUUGUACUAUUUCUGGGUAUGUACGUAGCCUUGCUCUUGUGCCUCCUGUUUAUCAAAUCGCAAAAUUUCAACAGAGAUUAAACCACAUGGUCUUAAUGCACUCUGUCUGGGAACAUUCUUCGAACGUGAUCGCUGUCAGUUACAAGUUCCAACUUGGCAUGAUUUAGACUUUCUUAAAAUGCACAGGUAUGGUUUAUAUAACAAUCUGCAGCAGGUACAGAAAGAAAAAGCAAAGAAGGCAUGUUGGUAGAGUCAUUGUAAAGCCCUUUAUAAUUAAGCUCUAGGGCUCCCUGCCUCCUCUGGGACAUCUUUAUCAUUAUUGACAUGCUUGAUGUACAGUAUUUGUCAGUGGUUUUUCACUGUGAGUGACAUUUCCAUUGAAAUGAACUGCCUUUAGUGUGACAUUUUAUAGUUUUGAGAUUAUGAAAUUUCAGUUUGAUGUUGCCACAGUUUGGGAUGUCUACUCUGACUAUAGAUCCAAAUUUCCAAAAGUAUCUGGACUUCAGUUAUUUUAUCUGUUUAGAUAACUACUGUAUUUAAGCUUCUGUGACUUGGGUCUUUAAUCUACAGUAACUUGCCUUUAUAACUUUAUUCUGUAGUUUGUCCAGUAAGGGAAAUUUCAUGCAAUAAAUGCAGUUUAGCUCUUAUGUACCACUUGAAUAUGAAAUCUGUGCACGAGAAUGAGUUAAUAAUUAAACCCAUUAAUAACUAAGUGGUCUUCAUAAAAUUACAUUUGAUACAUUGUCUGCCUGUAUAGUAAAGUAUCUUAAAAACAAAAUGGACAUAUUUUCUCUAGUUUUCUUGUUUUCUGUUGUUGAAAAAUGUUAAUUGGCCUGUUGUUGCACCUGUACUAAUAAAGUUUGUUCAUUCCUGAGUCAUUGCAAAGUAAGUUAUGAGUGAACAGAGAGCCAAUAACAAUGUCUCAAUGUUCACGUUUCUGUUUAUUGCAUGUUUGGCAGUUUUCCUCAAAAGGAUGAGGGCUGCUGUGCUUGUACCAGAUUGUAUCAGUGCUGCUCAUGGGUAUACUCCUCAACCUUGACUGCUAUCAGUCACCAAUGUGAGCCAUUUAAAAUGUUACCCAGAAUACCAGAUCACUAUAAAAGAUCUACUGUACGUAACCUAAUCAGAAAGACUCUUCAGAAAUCACUGAAUUAUAUGGGAAAUGACACUGAAUAUUAAUUGCAAA